AUGUUUGUUGUUCAUAGGACACCCAGCGAGCGAAGAGCGAUACGUAUAUUUACUAAAGAAUGUUUCCGGUUGGAGAAUAUCUAUAUUGAUCCACGCAUAACACCAUCCCAGCAGCAGCAACCGGACGCUGCAGGUACUAAAUUUUUCGAUCAUCACCUUUAUGCUACUGAGGUAAUAAAAUAUUAG